GUGCGCGGAAGAAAUCAUAACUGUACCUCACAAAGAGCUGCACUGCCCAGGAUUCACACUUGAAGCCACUUCAGCUGUGUCACUUUACCCAGCCGGUCGGUUUGAAUCCGUCCUGGAGGGACAGAGGAGCCGUAACGGCAGGAAGAGCCCGGGUUCACGGACUGUCUGCUCCUGUAACCGCACUGAAACUGGACCGCCAUGGGGGCAGUACUGGGGGCCUUUUCUGUCGCAAGCUGGGUGCCGUGCCUGUGCAGCAGCGCGACCUGUCUGAUGUGCAGCUGCUGUCCAAGCACCAGGAACUCCACGGUGACCAGGAUCAUUUAUGCCUUCAUCUUGCUACUGGGGACCAUCGUCGCCUGUGUCAUGCUAUCGCCGGGUGUAGAUCAGCAGCUAAAAAGGAUCCCAGGCUUCUGUGAAGACGGGGCCGGAGCCUCCAUCCCCGGCCUGCAGGCUGAUGUCAAUUGUGAAGUGUUUGUGGGCUACAAGGCAGUGUACCGAGUCUGCUUUGGCAUGAGUAUGUGGUUCCUGGUUUUUUCCAUUCUUAUGAUUAACAUCAAGACCAGCAGAGACCCCCGUGCUGCCAUCCACAAUGGAUUUUGGUUCUUUAAGUUUGCGGCCUUGGUGGCAGUGACAGUUGGUGCCUUUUACAUUCCAGAUGGGCCUUUUACCUACACAUGGUUUGUCGUGGGCUCCUGUGGAGCUUUCUUUUUCAUUCUGAUCCAGCUGGUGCUGCUGGUGGACUUCGCCCACUCCUGGAACGAGUCCUGGGUGGACAAGAUGGAGACUGGCAACCCCAGGGGCUGGUAUGCAGCUUUGUUGGGGGUCACCAUCCUCAACUACUUGCUGUCAUUUAUUGCUGUCGUCCUGUUCUUCCUCUUCUACACCAAGCCUGACGGAUGCUUCAUCAACAAGUUCUUCAUCAGCUUCAACAUGUUAUUCUGCAUGGUGGCCUCUGUUGUCUCUGUGCUGAGUAAAGUGCAGGAGUCUCAGCCACGUUCAGGUCUUCUGCAGUCCUCCAUCAUCACCCUGUACACCAUGUUUCUGACCUGGUCUGCCAUGACCAAUGAGCCUGACCAAGCAUGUAACCCCAGCCUACUGAGUAUCAUCCAGCAGAUCACAGCCCCCACCCUGGCCCCUCUGGCAAUGGAGAACCAGACAGCUGUGAUAAUCAUCGGCACAGAGGAACCUGUCCUGACAUCCCCGUACCUGCAGUGGUGGGACGCCCAAACAAUAGUGGGGCUCGCUAUAUUUGUCCUUUGCAUCCUCUACUCAAGCAUUCGUUCGUCCAGCACCAGCCAGGUGAACAAGCUGACCAUGGCCUCCAAAGACUCGGUCAUCCUGGCUGAGGGCGGCAGCAGCACGGACCUGUCAGAGGAGUCUACAGGACCCAGGCGAGUGGAGGACAAUGAGCGGGACAUGGUCCAGUACAGCUACUCCUUCUUCCACUUCAUGCUCUUCCUGGCCUCGCUCUACAUUAUGAUGACCCUCACCAACUGGUACAGCCCUGAUGCAGACUACACCAUAACCAGCAAGUGGCCAGCAGUGUGGGUGAAGAUCACCUCCAGCUGGGUAUGUUUGGCCCUGUACAUCUGGACCCUGGUGGCCCCCAUGAUCCUCACCAACCGAGACUUUAGCUGAUCAGCACCAUCGCUGACUCUGCUUUGCGCUGCACAAACCUCUUCUGUUUCUGCAUGAACUCCUACCAUCAUGCCUGCAUGUUACUUUAAGAGUGGACUCAUAUUUCAUACUUUCAGCUGGAGUUUAGUUUCAUUAUUUCCAGUUUUAUUUUCUGGUUUUAGUUUUUUUUGGGUUUUUUUUACAAAAAAUUGGCUUGGGUUUAGAGGUGCCAUAACAGCUGCGUCAGGUGCUGUGUUUACUGUAGUGGUUUCAUACCAGUCAGUAGGAGCUGCUCGUUAAUUGGACAAUCACAUAUUUUCUAUGGAAGCACAAAAACACACCAUGAAGAAAAACAUUCCAUUUGUUGUUUCUGUAAAUAUAUGUGAAUUGUUAAUCAGACUUUGCUCACAGCGUUUUGAAAGGAUGAGCUCUUAUCAAUCUAAAUUCAUUCCUGCUGUGACAGAACAAGUCAGAUUUAAUCAAACUCUUGAUUUUUUACACCACUUAAAAAUAUGAGUGUUCUCAAAAUGUCAGUAUUAAUAAUGAGGGUCGGUUUGUGAACGUCAUUCAGUGAUAAGCUCAGAUAGUUUGCUGACAUGCCUUCCAAUGCCUUAAUCACUCUGUCACAUGUUUCUGAUAUUUGAAUAUAUUGAGAGUAACAUGACGUAGAUGAUAAACACAUUCCUCAAUAUGACUCAAAGUCAGCUUGCUGUAUGUUUCUGCCAAAUUUUUGUGGACCAAGAUAUUCAAUGUGAAGGUGUCUUUGAGAUGUUUCAGGUUGUAAAAUAAGUCCUUACAGUGACACAACUGCACUUAACACAGAGAAUAUUUGUUUAAAGCUGAUAUGGGUGAUGAUUGCUUUAUUUUCUGUGCAUCAUUGUAUUACUCCAAACAGUAUGAAAUAGCUUUAAUAUUUAUUAUGAUUACGGAUGAUUACUUGUGAUGAAUGUCAUCUUUCUUAAUUGCUGUGGUUUGUAAGAAAUGUGAGUGCUAACUGAAUGGUUAAUAGAAGAGAAUAGAAUUUAUACGACACAAACACUGACCAACCAUGCCUUGUAAGCCAAAGUGAUUUGCUGUAGCUAGUAUGUUCUAAGCAGGUUCUCUGUGGCGCUUCUGCAGUUUCUGUUGAACUGUUCAGACUGAUUUAUAGUUUUUUAUGUUUGCUUUGACUCAAUUUUUAUAAUAGAGAUUCCAUGUGCUAAACUCUUUCGAACAGUAACUAAUUCUCAUCGAACAGAGAACAGUUUGGCUGGUUCUUCAUAAUCAGAUUGUACAAACAGGAGUACAGAGAUAUAAACAUUUCAAAGUAUUGAUACAAACCAGAUACAGAUACUGUAAUUACAUAUAUUACAGUAUACAUUAAAACCUACAUUUUAAUCAAAGAAGAAAUGCAUUUUCCACUUUAAAGCUUUUGAGCACUGCUAAUAUAGGAAGUAUGUAUUCUACAAAUUAUCAAACGAUAUCUGGUUUUGAACUUUUUGUGAGUUGCCUGUGAAUGUUAGAAGGUAGUUUGGCUUUUGCGAGGCUGUACACUGAAAGCUCUGUUGUGACUGUGCAAAUACUGUAAAGAUGAAGAAUAAAAACA